AUGUCAACAAUCGUCUCCGGCGACGGCGAGAUGCUCCGGCUUCAAUACUCACGCCUUUGUUGUCUCAUACACAACUCUCUCCAUCCAUUCACAGCGAAAUCAACGGAAUCGAUAACCAAAGAAGAAGAGAAAUCGCUGUUAAUUACACUCUCUCAGGUUUCAAAUCAAAUAAAGCUUUGGACUGACGAACUUGCCUCUGGUGAUCAUGGCACUCCAUUAAACGAAGUUUCUAGUAACAGCAAAUCCACAAUCGUUAGCUCAAUCUGCCAUUCUUCAGCUUCGGAAUGCGUAUUCAAGAUCAUAAACGAAUUGGUGUUCUUGCUAGCAAUCCAGAGUCCAUAUGUUCGACAUUUAUCAGGAAAUGUUCUUGUAGCCAUAUCAAAGUUCGUGGUGUCAAUGUCAUCUGAAAACCAUUGGGAAGAAUUCAUCAAAUCACUAUGUCUCCACUUCAAGUUCAUAAUUCAUAAAGCAAUUUCACCAGAUCAUGAUUCUCCAGCAAGCUCAAUCAUAUUAGUAUUACGAAAUAUUCUAAAACACCUGAAACACGAAGAAGAUGAUGAAAUUUUGGAAGUUUAUUUAAACACUCUUUCUUCUUGCUUACAAGAUACACCAUGGGAGUCAUGUAACACGGUUUCCAAUGAGUUUUGUGGUCAUCUUCUUCAGUUGUUUUGUUCGAUUGUUUCAAAUUCUGAUGACAAAAAUCCAGUUAUACAUUUAAUCUUUAACAUCUUUCCAAGAUUUCUAACAUGGUAUCAGAGCAAUCAAGCUGAAAAUAAUGGUUAUACAAGAAUCUCUCAAUACAUUCAACACAAGAUUCUUGUAUUGAUGAUGAGACUUAGUUCCAUCAUUAAACUAGAGUGUGAAAUGAUUCUUUCAUGGUUGAAUCUCAUCAAUAAACACUUCCAAGAUUUACUAUUUGAAUCUUUAACUCAAUCAAACACCAAGGAGGAUGAUUGCCUUAAAGAAUCUCCAUUUCUUCUUGAUGAAACUUGUCAUCAUCAACAUUUACAAAGACGAGUUUUUUUCCUUUACUUGAAGUGUAGUUUUCAUUUGAUUAGAUUACAAGAAACAAAAGGGAAUCAAUGUGUUUGUGGGGAUGUGAAGUGUUGCUCAAAGAAAGGAUUUAUUGCAAUUCAUGAGUGGCUCAAAAAGCAUCUUGUGAAAUGCAACCAAUUUGCAGAGUCUUUUUUACAGCUUUAUAUCCAUGAGGAUGAUAUGCUAUUUGAAAUUCUCUUGUUGCUAACUGACAUCCCUUUUUGCCACAAGCAACAGAAAGAUUGGACAUUAGAUGUAUUGGAGAAGGAUAUAAUUGUCCUACUCUUGGAUGUUUUUGAACCUGUUCAUCUUUUCCAUAUAUUUCUUUUGGAGAUACAUUAUGAUCAUCAAGUGCUUCUCGAUUAUCUUAUCUCCAAAGACACUGGAGCUACAUGUGCUGAGUAUCUUUUAAGGUGCUUGCGAAUCAUAUGCGAUAAAUGGGACCCGUUUCUAAAAUUCCCAAUUUGCAAAGAAGUUGGAAGCCUAUCAUCUCAAAAACGAAGAAAAGUGAUGAAUGAUUCAUUUGAAACGGAUCAUAAAAACCAGAAAAGCUUUAAAGAACCGUUUCAUAAUGCAAGGGAGUGUUUGCUUCUGCUAAAGAAAUCGAUUGAGAGUUUACACCACAAAAACUUGUUUCCAUAUAAUCCGAAAGUGCUUUUGAAACGGUUGAGUAGAUUUCAGGAGCUAUGCCCAAGGCCAUAAGGAGUUCUUGCUUGUCUGAUUGGUUUGUAGGAUCACAUUUUUUUGGGUUUAAUGUUAAUGUUGUGAAUAGAUAUAGAAGAUAUGACCAUUUGAUCAUUGUGACUCCUUAAAAAUUAGAAAUGAAAUGAUAAGUAGUUAUUUAUGAAACUUAAUUUAUGUCUUUGAUAAUGGAAGAUAUGUUUAUUGUUUUGAGUUUGUG